AUGAACGCCAUCUUUGCAGCUGAUCUUGUCCUUUACCUGGUGCUCCUUCCCUUGGUCUUCUACAUUGUCUGGACGCGCCGCUCGGGCGGACUUCUGGCAUGGUACUAUUUAAGUGUCUUCUGCAUCGCUCGUGUCGUGGGAGGAGCGAUGGGAGUACAUGAUAGCCAGAGCCUUGCUGCGAACAUCAUCGUGGGCGUGGGCAUCUCGCCGCUCAUCCUAGCAAUUGAUGGUCUCCUCCACGAAGCUCGAACCUAUCGCAACCCCGGGAGACAAUGGGUCGGCUGGGCAAUGGUCAUCGUGGCCACAGGGUUGAUGGCAACAGCUCUUGCGCUUGCCAUUGUGGGUGCCUUGAACAUCUAUGAAGGCCAUCCCAAGCCGGACAGUCUCGACCACUGGAAGACAGGCACUGGAUUAAUGGUGUUGGUCUGGGGUUUGGAGGUGAUCUGGGCGUGUAUCCAGCUCCUGCCAUCGCAGCGACGGAAAGAUGCCUUCUCGUUUCAUGCUGGUACCACGCUUCUUCAGGGAUCUUUUCUGGCAUUGUUCUUUGUGGGUAUCCGGGCUAUUUACCAGUUGGUCGCGGUGUGCACGCAGCGGAAGGAUCUCAGCUCCAGCACUGGAAGUUUGGCAGUGCGAGUGAUUUUGGUGUUUCUGCCAGAGGCCUUUACAGUCUUCUCGAUGGUGCUUGUGGGUGUGCAGACAAGGAACGUCAGGAAAGGUUGA